CGCUCCGACGUGGCCUGGGCCUGGCGGAGGCCGGAGGGUGUCGGACCAGAACCCGCGCGCUCUCGAGAUGGAGCGAGAGCCACAAAAUGGAGAACCUGCUGAGAUUAAGAUCAUCAAGGAAGCAUACGAGAAGGCCUUCUUGUUUGUUAAUAAAGGACUGAACACAGAUGAGUUAGGGCAGAAGGAUGAAGCAAAGAACUACUACAAGCAAGGAAUAGGACACCUGCUUAGGGGCAUCAGCAUCGCGGCAGCAGCCAGGUGCACAGGCCCUGCCUGGGAGUCUGCCCGACAGAUGCAGCAGAAAAUGAAGGAAACGCUUCAGAACGUCCGCACCAGGCUAGAGAUCCUAGAGAAGGGCCUUGCCACAUCUCUACGGAAUGACCUUCAGGACGUGCCCAAGUUAUACCCAGAGUUCCCUCCUAAAGACACAUGCAAGAAGUUCCCAGAGCCAGAGUUGGUUAGUUCAGCCCCCCAGCAUGCUGAAGUGGACGGGGGCACCUCUGCUGCAGGGGCCACUGGUGCUGGACCUUCUGCCGGGCCCUCACCUUCGCCCAGCUGCCCCGCGGAAGCGCCCCCAGCCUACACCCCCCAGGCUGCCGAGGGUCACUACACUGUUUCCUAUGGGACAGACUCGGGGGAGUUUUCAUCGGUGGGAGAAGACUUCUACAGGAACCAUACCCAGCCGCCCCCUCUCGAAACCUUGGGGCUCGACGCAGACGAACUGAUUUUGAUACCAAAUGGAGUGCAGAUCUUUUUUGUGAACCCGGCGGGAGAGGUUAGUGCUCCGUCAUACCCUGGGUACCUGCGCAUCGUGAGGUUCCUGGACAAUUCUCUGGAUACGGUUCUGAACCGCCCUCCUGGGUUUCUCCAGGUGUGUGACUGGCUGUACCCUCUGGUUCCCGAUAGAUCUCCAGUUCUCAAGUGCACCGUGGGAGCCUACAUGUUUCCAGACACCAUGUUACAAGCGGCGGGGUGCUUUGUGGGGGUGGUUCUGUCAUCUGAGCUCCCAGAAGAUGACAGGGAGCUGUUUGAGGAUCUGCUGAGGCAGAUGUCUGACCUUCGGCUCCAGGCAAACUGGAAUAGAGCAGAAGGAGAAGAUGAAUUCCAAAUCCCUGGGAGAGCAAGUCACCCCUCUGAGCCACGGAAGGAAGCUUCUGGCACCGAUGUCAGGCAUUCGGGUUCUUCAGGUUCUUCACUAGACCAAGGCAGCAAGGAUGCACGCCAUAAAGGAAAGCGUGGGAAAAAGACUAAAGAUACUUCAAGUGAAGAAGUUAAUUUGAGUCAGAUUGUGCCCUGUGAGCCACGUUCAGAAGAAAAAGCCAAAGAACUACCUGAAUGGAGUGAGAAAGUGGCCCACAACAUUCUGUCAGGUGCUUCCUGGGUGAGCUGGGGUUUAGUCAAAGGUGCCGAAUUUACUGGCAAAGCAAUCCAAAAAGGUGCUUCUAAACUCCGAGAGCGCAUUCAACCAGAGGAGAAACCCGUGGAAGUGAGUCCGGCUGUCACCAAGGGCCUCUACAUAGCGAAGCAGGCAACUGGAGGGGCAGCCAAGGUCAGCCAGUUCCUGGUUGAUGGCGUCUGCACGGUAGCAAAUUGCGUUGGCAAAGAGCUCGCCCCACACGUCAAGAAGCAUGGAAGCAAACUCGUUCCGGAGUCUCUCAAGAGAGACAAAGACGGGAAAUCCACUCUGGAUGGGGCCAUGGUCGUGGCAGCAAGUAGUGUUCAAGGAUUUUCAACUGUCUGGCAGGGCUUGGAGUGUGCGGCUAAAUGCAUCGUCAACAAUGUGUCUGCAGAAACCGUACAAACUGUCAGAUACAAGUACGGGCACAAUGCAGGAGAGGCUACACACCACGCAGUGGACUCCGCUCUCAACGUCGGCCUCACUGCCUACAAUAUCGACAACAUCGGCCUCAAAGCCAUCGUGAAGAAGACUGCCAAGCAGACGGGACACACUCUCCUGGAGGACUAUCAGAUCAUCGACAGCUCGCAGAAGGAAGGCCGAGGAGGAGCAGCAAGCACAGACGUGAGAAGAAACACGGAAAAGCAGACGGAGGAAGAGGAGGAGGAGGAGAAGAAGAAAGGGGCAAAGAAGAAAGAUAAAUAACCGGAGUUCUGGGAGUGACCUACACCAAAGCCUUACAGAUGGACGAAUGUGAACAGCAGAUGUGGAUUCUCCACACAAGGACCAGUGGUUUCAGUGUGUUCAUUGCUACAGAGUGACUGUCGGAAGUUUGGGCCAUGUAUCCACUUAACAAGAAAAAUAAUCAGUAUUCUUACAUCUGGUUCUAGAAAUAUGCAGUUUAUAGUCUCAAUACAUUUAUUUUCCCUUAAAUGUGGCUAAACUAUUUUUGCAGUUAAAAUAAAGCUUAUAAUAUAUGUAACUUAAACCUAAUGUCAAUCUAUUUUUAUAUGUGCUAGCCUUCAGAAAGCAAAGUAGGAAACCUAUACAUAGGAUUUCACAGCCACAUGAAUUCUGUUUAUGCUGAGAAAGAAUGACUUAAUGACUUAAAAAAAAAAAAAAAAAACUCCUCUUUUUUGCACUAAUUGUGGAUCUUUGAGAUACCCAAAAGAAUUUUCAGCAUAUAAGCUAAAUGAAACCAUGAUAUCAAAGAGUGAUCUCAGAUAACAUUGUAGAAGGCUUUCUUAUGCAGGAAAGAGCCUGGCCAUGAGAGUGUCAUGGACUUCUGUAAUGUUAUCUCUUAUUUGCUAGAUCUCCUACCUACUGGGAACCAAAAUGGCCUUUUGAUUUAAACUGAAGAAAAUGCUUCUUCCUGUCUUUAGGAUUGAGAGUAGGUCAUUUGUCGAUAGAGUGAUUUUCAUUAAUUCUUUGAGAAUUUUGUACAUGCAUGAAAUAUGUUUUGAUUAUAUUCUCUCCCUAACUCCUCCCAGGUCCACCCUUCACCCCUCCUCCCAACUUCAUGCUCUUAUGUUUUAAAUAACCCAUGAGUAGUCUGUCUGUGCUGCUCACAUGCUCAUGGGGUGUGGGGUACUCCCCUGGAGCAUGGUUUAUCUCCAGGGACCACACCCCUAAAGAAACUGACUCUCCCUCCCCAGAAGCCAUAACUGUCAAUGGCUCCUUGCUAGGGCUUGUGAGACGCUGCCCAUUCCAUGCUGGGAUGUUGACUAGUUUGUCUUGUGGAGGUGGCCUCAGCUGCUGUCAGUUUUGGGGUACAUGGGGUCCUGUCACAUCCAGAAGAUGUCAGUUCAUCCAGUAUUCCUGGAUGUCUGAUUCAUUCACAGCCUUGCCACCUCCUCUUCCUCCAUGUUCCCCGAGCCUUGUGGGGAGGGGUGUGGUAUAGACUAGGUAAUUUUGAAGUAUGAUUGAUAUUCUAUUAAAAUUUGAAAUGGUUGUUAUUGGCUUUAAGGAAUCACUUGUCCAUGUCUGCAUCUGUAAAUUUCUCCUAAAUUUGCAGAAAAUAAAACAUAAACAUUGCAUUUAUUGAUAGUGUAGAUUUUUACUCAGUCAUUAGAGUUUAUACUAAAAGCCAGUAAGUGAUUUAAAAGGGAGGAACCUGUUCAUAUCAAGGUAAACAAUAUGGAAUCCUUUAGUGGGUAGUCCCCACUUCCACAGAAGGCAGGAAAGACAUUUGCUGAUUUUUUUAAAGCUACAAAUAGACAGUAAAAUACUCCAUGAUUAUUUUAAUUUUUGUUGAUUUUUAAAGGUUGAUUUUGCUUUUUAUAGUUAUAGUCUGUUGUAAUCAUUUCUGAACCUGUAGUUGACUAACUUACAGAUUUCAUUUGAAAUUGGUUAAUGAAUGUGCUUUGAGAAUAAAAUGGUCUCUGAA